AUGGCUCACUACUUGUGGCCCAAGGACAGCCUGUCUACCAAGCUUCGAGUCGGCCUAGCUGUCACCCUCUUGAUCGGCGCAAAAGUACUCAAUGUACAGGUGCCCUUUUACUUCAAGAGCAUUGUGGAUGCCAUGAACAUCGAUGUCGGUGCUAUGGGUGGUAAUGCCGCCAUGAUUGCCGGCAGCAUGAUUGUGGCCUACGGCGCAACGAGGAUAGGCGCCACCGUCUUUCAAGAGCUGAGAAAUGCAGUCUUCGCCAGUGUGGCACAAAAGGCCAUUCGGAAGGUCGCGGCCAACGUCUUCGAUCAUCUGCUGAGGCUGGAUCUCAACUUCCACCUCACAAAGCAGACCGGCGGUCUCACCCGGGCCAUCGAUCGUGGUACCAAGGGCAUCAGCUUCCUCUUGACCAGUAUGGUCUUUCACAUUCUGCCUACGGCCCUGGAGAUCACCAUGGUCUGCGGCAUCUUGACCUACCAAUACGGAGCACAGUUUGCCGCCAUCACGGCCUUGACCAUGACAGCCUACACUGCCUUUACCAUCUGGACAACCGCUUGGAGAACAAAGUUUCGCCGACAGGCCAAUGCUGCCGACAACAAGGCUUCAACCAUUGCUGUUGAUUCCUUGAUCAACUACGAAGCUGUCAAAUACUUCAAUAAUGAAAAGUUUGAAGUUGCGCGCUAUGAUAAAGCUUUACUCGGCUACGAAAAGAGCUCCAUAAAGGUCGCCACCUCGCUGGCCUUUUUGAACAGUGGCCAGAACAUCAUAUUUUCCAGCGCAUUGACAGCCAUGAUGUACCUUGCAGCCAACGGUGUGGCGUCCGGCUCAUUGACCGUGGGCGACCUGGUCAUGGUGAACCAGCUAGUUUUCCAGCUGUCUGUGCCACUGAACUUUUUGGGAUCCGUAUAUCGCGAGCUUAGGCAAUCUCUUCUAGACAUGGAGACACUGUUCAAUCUACAAAAGGUCAACGUGUCCAUCAAGGAGCUCCCCGAUGCCAAACCACUCCAGCUUGUCAAGGGAGGCGAGAUCAAGUUUGAGAAUGUGUCAUUUGGCUACCUCAAGGAUCGUCCAAUUCUAAAGAACUUGAAUCUCACGAUUCCCGCCGGCAAGAAGAUUGCCAUAGUUGGGCCCAGUGGCUGUGGAAAGUCUACGCUGCUCCGACUUCUAUUCCGUUUCUAUGACGUUGACAGCGGCCGCGUACUCAUUGACGACCAAGAAAUCAAGAGCGUCACUCUUGAUUCGCUGAGGCAAUCCAUUGGUGUUGUUCCCCAGGAUACACCACUCUUCAAUGAUACGGUUGGACACAACAUUAAAUAUGGCAAUAUGGCUGCCGGCGAAUCCGAGAUCAUCGCAGCGGCCAAGAGAGCGCGGAUCCACGACAUCAUCGCCAGUUGGCCUGCAGGUUACGACACAAAGGUGGGCGAGAGAGGAAUGAUGAUCAGUGGUGGCGAAAAGCAGCGCCUGGCUGUCUCGAGGCUCAUACUAAAGGAUCCGCCACUGCUCUUCUUUGACGAGGCAACCAGUGCACUGGAUACCCACACGGAGCAAACGCUCAUGCAAAACAUCAAUAGCAUUCUUAAAGAAAAGGCUAGAACAAGUGUUUUCGUUGCACAUCGUCUAAGGACAAUAUAUGACGCCGACCUCAUCAUCGUCUUGAGAGAGGGCAAUGUCGCCGAGAUGGGCACGCACAAAGAGCUCAUUGAUCGUGGCGGGCUGUACUCGGAACUCUGGAGUGCCCAAGAAACUCUAUUCAGUACCGACGAUGUAAAGGAUGCUGCUGUGGGAGAUAAAAAAGAAUAA